ACUAGUUUUGGAUAUCGGAGCAGCUGCGAUAAUUAUUUUUUGGGAGAUUUUGCCAUUUUCGCAUGUUACAAAAAAAGUCGAAUUGGCCAACAAAUAGACGUCAAUAGAUAAAUGCCCCGAAGAACCGACUGCUACAACGGAUAGAGAAUCAAGCGAACAUGGAGUGCAAUCUGGGGAGCGAGAUUGGUCAGAAGAUGCGCAGUGCCGUCAAGGCGAAGCUGCUGGAACUGGGAACAGGAGGAUCAUCUGGUUUCAUAGACGACGAACUGCCGGACUACGUGAUGGUCAUGGUGGCCAACAAACGCACGAAACAACAGAUGAACGCGGAGCUGAAUCUUUUUCUGGGUGAUCAGACCGAUCUCUUCGUCACAUGGCUGCACGAGGUACUGCAGAAGCUCCAGGAGGUCACACUGCCCACAUCCAGUGCUUCCGGCAAGAAGCGAAAGUCUCGUGGCCAAGGAGAGCCUACCAAAUCCAAGGAGAAAGAAAAGGAAAAGGACAAAAAGGGAUCCAGAAAAGAUAAGAGGACAAGAGGAGAGCUGUCGGAGCCACAGCCUAGUUCCACGGACGCAAUGCCCGUCAUCACCUCCAUCACAGAUGUCUUUGCCGAAGAGUUACUGGAAAAGGCGAAGAAAACCAUGGACAUCGAUCUUAGUGCCAAAGACGAGAUACUGCACAAAAAGAAGAAGCGCGCAUCCAUCGAAAAUGUGGAGACAUCGGCUAGCAAAGAGCAGGACUUGCCCGCCGUAUCCGAGAUCAGCUCCACGACCAGCGGUGUCAAUCGGCAGAAGGAUCUCGCCGAGCUGGCCGAAAUCCAAAAGAAGAUUCAUGCCGCCAAGAAGCAUUUACGUCAGAUUGGCGAAAUCGGGGACGAGAGCGACGAAGACGACGAGGAUCUUUUGAACCUGAGUGCCCAGGACGAGUCGGUGGAUCAGGAGCCCGAGGAUGAGCCGCCGCAGACGGAGCCGCCACCAAGAAAAGCCAAGAGUCCCAUUGUAUUUAACAGACGCGAGAAGACACCCGAAAGGCGUCCAGAGGCUGAGCCAGAGAUUGAUUCCCGUCAGGAAGCGGCGUCGCAGGAGACAAGCCCUAAAAGGGAUAUGGCGACUGAGAAAUCUAAGGAAGACCGCUCUGAGCGAAAAUCCGUGCACGAUCGUCUGGGUUCCAAGGGCCAGCAGCCGGCAGAGCGCCCGCAGCGCAGCCAAAAGGAGCUCUAUGUACCGGCCCAUCGACGACGCAGUGAGCCUGAGGCCAGCAAGGAGCGGAGUCAGCGGGAGCGCUCCCGGGAACGACGUUCUAGCCGUGAUACCUCGAGGGACACCAACCGGAAUCAACGCCAGCGUCGUUCGCCCAGUCAAGAGGCUCCCAGUACCAAACAACGCAUUGGUUCCCGGGUAAUUGUGGCCGUGAACAAGCCGCCAGAGCCGUCGGACGAUGAGGACAUGGCCGAUAAGCCAGUGAACUCCGUUAUCAAGAUCAAGCCCAGGCCGCAAGUUUCUCCCAGACGGCAGGCCUGUAAGAACCUCCUGCUGCGAGCUGUGGCCGAUGCCCAGCGAUCCACAAUUCUGGCUAAGACAUCAUCGAAAAAGGAGACUGAAGAAGUGGGUAAGAUAAGCAGCUCUCUAGGCAAGCGCAAAUCAAUGGAUAAGAAUGAUAGGGUCCCGGAUCGCGAUCGGGAAAGGGAACGAGGCAAGCGGAGUGCACCGGGCAACGAACUCUUUCGGCGCACCACCCGGGAGUUGGUGGUCAAUGUGACGCAGAGGGAUGGCAAGCGUACACGGAGAUCCAACGAGAGUCGCGCCGAGAUCAAGGUGGUGGAGGAAGAAUAUACGCCUACUUCGAUGACUGAGCCAAUCGAAUCGUAUGUGCCGCAGCUGCUGGCCAAUGUGGAUGAAUUGGAUUUGCACAUCAGCUCCCAUGACGAGCCAAGUCCCAGUUCCGGAGCCCUCAAGACCCAGUUUGUGGUCACGUUAAACGGCGACAAAGCACUCGGAGGAAACAACAGCAAGGGAGGCUCCUAUCGCAAUAGGCCGAGCAACUCACGAAGACGCUCCUCCUCGCCAGUGUCCACGCCACAAGUGUCCUCAUCCAGCGCUGAACCGACGUCCACGACGGCGGACAAGCGACGCCGAUCGAAUCGGGACAGGAGCUUCUCGCGCUCGCCAACACAGAACAGUGGGUCGCCCUCCCUGCAAACGACACGGAGUCUCAAUCGCAGCGAGGUGCUCCGGCAGCCACAGGAGAUCAAAAAGAUCAUCAUUAAGAAUGACACCGAUGAGGAUGAUGAAAUGCACGGUUCACCGAAAAAACGAUCGCCCAAUAAACGCCAACAAGCGGCGCCAGCUACCACCUCGGCCAAUGGCCACAAGGACAAUAAGGAUAAAGCUCCAAUUGAGGAUGGCUCCACUACUCCCCCACUGCCGGCCAAACCAAAGCAGCGGGCGGAGAAGAGACCUUCCAGCAAGGAGAAACACAUAAGAUCUAGUUCAGUGGAGGCGCCAGCGGUAGCCACGUCCGCCGGCGCCUCAAUUAGCACUUCCACAGCUACCAAAGCCAAGCACACGCCCAUACGCUUCACACUAAAGAACGAGGACGAGCCGAGUGCAAAUAAAAAGCGACGUUCCGGCAGCCGAGAACGCGUUGCAGUGGGUCCGGAGAAACGCAGAGUACCCAUACGUAAUGCGGAGGACAGGAAGUACGACAACCUGCCGGCAUUAAGCGCGGUUAGCGUGGAUUCCACCGUGCUGAAGGUGAACAAACCUAAGGAGCGCUGCAAGUACCAUCCUAACUGCACGAAGCAGUUCUGCGAAUACUACCAUCCGACGGCGCCCUGCAAGUCCUUCCCCAACUGCAAGUUCGCGGACAAGUGCAUGUACUCGCAUCCCAAGUGCAAGUUCGAUUUGGCCUGCAUGAGCAUCGACUGCAACUACGCCCACAGCGGUCAAAGGGAUCUUAGUCAUGUUCAGCUGGCGGCGCCUCCUCUAUCCUCUCACGUCAUACCCGUGCAGAACUACAAGUCGAUAUCGGCUCCUGUGACCUCCACGACAGCGACUACGAUGUGCAAGUACUACCCCAACUGUUCCAAGUUGGGCUGCACCUUUUAUCACCCAAAACCCUGCCGGUUUGGCAAGAACUGCGUGAACAAGCUGGAGUGCAUUUUCUACCAUCCGGAGAUGCAGAGCAAAUUCAAGUGGGUGGCAUCUUUGGGCUGAGCUAACCAAUAUACUAUGCGUUGAAACGAUAUUUAGCAAAUGUACUCUGGACUCUCUGAAAUCGGCCUCUAUUCGAUACCAAUGUCUUUCAAUUGUAUGAUUAGGAAAGCAUGGAGUCUUUUCUUUCUAUAUACACGGAGUUGUAUACCUAUUUAA